AUGGGGGGGGGGGGGGGGGCACACCCAUUCUGUGGGUUCCUGCAUGUCGGUCCCGUGAUCGUAGGUCUCAAGGUCCAAGCUUGUCACCCAAUUUGCUUUCCUGUUGCGGAAGCAGUGCUUGACAGCAUGUCCCGACAUCUCCUCUUGAUCAUGGUCCUCACUUCGUGGAUGCCACAAGACGUCGCUGGGGCAUGUGAUGCAGAUGCAGUCAUGGCUGCAGCAACAUGCAUGCAACAACUGUCAGUGCCCACGGGUGGAAAUGCGGACACCACGUGCCAGUACGUGCAGGACUACAUGGCUUGCUACCCAGGGGAUUGCUGCACGUCAGCUGUUGAGACGGCGCUGGCCACUUUUGGACAAGCUCCUUUCAAUUGCGCCGGAACGACAUGUGGAAGUAGCAGCAACACAGGUAACAGCAACACAGGCGGCAGCAACACAGGUGACAGCGGAUGUACCGCUGAUGCGGUCAUGGCUUCAGCAACAUGCAUGCAACAACUGUCAAUGCCCACGGAUGGAAAUGUGGACACCACGUGCCAGUACGUGCAGGACUACAUGGCUUGCUUCCCCGGGGCUUGCUGCACGUCAGCUGUUGAGACGGCGCUGGCCACUUUUGGGCAAGCUCCUUUCAAUUGCGCCGGAACGACAUGUGGAAGCGGCUCGCCAGCAGCCUCAACAACCACACCAUUCGUUGUCGGAGCUGGUCUGGUCAGCCAGACCAGCCAAUGUUCAGGAACCUUUGUUGCAGGCGCAAACGUUGGCUGGACAGGAGAAGAGACCACCCAGCAGUCAGUCAUGUCUUGGGAGGCCUGCUGCAGCCUCUGCAACCCGGAUGUUUGUUGCGGGUACGUCCUGAUAUCGGACGGCGUGUGCUUCCAAAAAAUCGGAUCCACUUGCGAACUGAUUGCUCCGCCGGAGUCUACCUCCGAUGCGGCAUCCAUCAGUCUCCUGAGCUUGGCCACGAUGCAGGUUGCCCUGCGAGUUGCCUUCUGA